AUGUCCAUGAACAAUACCUCUCAAAUCCCUGAUUUGACACACGCCGAUCACAACAAGUCUAAGCUUUCAUCACAUGUCGCCCACAGCCCGGACGCUCGACCUGCUUCACGACAUAGAAUGGACGAGCCGGAAAGAGAUGAACUGGCUCAAGGGCCGUCGGAUGCUGCCCUCGGGCAGUUUUCUUUCGCUCCAGCGACUCGAACCACGGUGGUGACUACGACCACGACUACAACUACCUCCUUUCCUCCUUUGGUCAUCAAACCCCCGCGUUCCGUCAAGGAUUUGGACACCAGACAGUACCCUCUCGCCUCAGCCCCGACGCCAGCAUCUUUGAGGAAUCUCAAGUUCAAGAUCGGCGACAGACCUAUAGUUUUCAACGAACCCGAGGACACGAAAACUGCUGCCGGCGAGACAAAGGAGAAAAAUGAGGCGUUGAAGGCGGCGAACGGUCAGAUACGCUCUGUGAGUUCGUUCACCUCCGAGGGCGACAACCCCACCCGGCGGCUGGUUCCUUCAAGGAUCGCGAGCCAACCCUCCAGCCAUCCUUUCAACUCUCGUCGUCGUGCCGUAUCCCCCGUCUCCAUCCCCGAGCCACGAUCCUCGACUCUUCCCCGCACUCGUUCAUCUCGCGUUCCUUCUGAACCCGUUACACGCCGCACCCGCCAAAGUGGUGUGGCACCAACUCUUCUUGCCGCUGGUCUGGCCACACCAGAUACUGAGGCAAACUUUGGUGGGUCUGGCGAGCUAGUAGCGCCGAGGCAGAGAAUCCACAGUUCGGUGUUCCCUCGCAGAGAGCCUCCUUUGCCGUCUCCUCUAUCUUCUGAAAUCGGAGCCAAAGGUCCACAGCAGGUGAAUCAAGAUGCCGUGCAACAAAAUGAACUACUCGGUCUUCGCUCCAGUUCUGGGAACCAGGAGCCUCAAGCAGCUGAGGUGGGCCAGAACUGCCCCAAUGCACAUGAAUCGUCUUCCUUCAGCCAGGAUACGACAUAUGGAACACAAGAAUCCGCAUCGCAGAGACCAGAACUUACCUCCCAACUCUCCGCAAUUGACAAUGCCAUGGCACAAGAUAUGUGUCUGCCAAGUCCUAGCCUCUCUCCGGUUGCCGCAAUGAACGCUCUUCAUGGCGAGUCCUCAUUCGACUCGGAAGGACCUGACGUUGAUACGGAUUCCAGUCUUGAUCAUAAUGUCUCCCGCUUCUCCAAGGCCAUGCGACUUCAGGAUGCAGCAAAUGGACCAAACUCACGGUCGCCUCCCUCUCUUUUGGAUAUGCCCAAGGUACUUGAAUUCUUUGAUUCGGUGCCCGAGGAGAUGAAGACCUAUCUUAUGUAUCAGUUCCUCCGACGAUGCUCCAAACCCACCCUUCAUUUUGUAGCAGAUGUGGUCAAUCCAACAUUGAAGUGCGACUUCCUCGCUCUCCUUCCUCUCGAGCUCAGUCUCAACAUCACCAAAUAUCUUGACGUCCAAAGUAUGUGCCGUGCUGCGCAGGUGUCCAAGCGGUGGAGACACAUCACGAAUUCAGAUGAAAAGUCCUGGAAGCACCUCAUUGACCAGGAUGGAUAUUCUCUUUCUGACGGUGAAUUGGAGCGGGCCAUCAGACAGGGAUGGGGAUGGCAGCUUCCUCACAGCCCUGAAGAACCUGAGCAAGAUCUCAGCCUCCUGGCGUUUCUCAGGGCGGAUAGAGAGGAGUCUCCUGUCCCAUUGGGAAUGGAGUCAAGCAGCCGGUCCUCGUAUCCAUCCAUGUCGUCGUCGUUACGACGACCCAAGCGCAAGGCCAAUACACGUGCUACAAGCCGUAAAUUAGCCAAGCGCAAGAUCUCAUCCAGUGGGGGAGAGUACAAUGAUCUGUGUUGGAAGAAAGACCUUGCGGCUUCUGAGGCUCCUUACGCCGCCGCCAGCGCUGCAGCCGCUGCGGUGCCUUAUGCUGAAGUUGGCAGCCCCUCUCUUCGGGGGCUUUAUUUAUAUAAGGUUCUCUACCGUCGCCAUGAUGCUAUCCGCAAGGGAUGGAUGAAGCCGGAAGUAAAACCGCAACACAUCGCGUUCCGUGCCCAUGACCGCCACGUCGUCACCUGUUUGCAGUUUGACGCUGACAAGGUUCUUACUGGAAGUGAUGAUACCAACAUCAAUGUAUAUGAUACGAAAACAGGCGCGUUGAAGGCAACCCUGGAGGGCCAUGAAGGUGGUGUUUGGGCUCUUGAAUAUUAUGGCAACACCCUGGUGUCUGGUUCCACAGAUCGCUCCGUUCGAGUCUGGGAUAUUGAGCAGGCCAGAUGUACUCAGAUUUUCCACGGUCACACCUCCACCGUUCGGUGCUUGCAAAUCGUCCUUCCAACCGACGUGGGCAAAAACAUCCAUGGCCAGCCUGAAAUGAUGCCCAAAGAGCCGUUGAUCAUUACUGGAUCUCGGGAUUCAAAUCUGCGGGUUUGGAAACUCCCAAAGUCGGGAGACCCGGUUUAUUACCAGGGUGGUCCACUUGUCGAUGACACUGACUGUCCCUACUUCCUCCGCGUUCUCACUGGCCAUCAGCAUUCCGUUCGUGCUAUUGCAGCCCAUGGCGAUACCCUUGUGAGCGGUAGCUAUGAUUGUACCGUGAAGGUCUGGAAGAUAUCUACCGGGCAAACAUUGCACACCUUGCAGGGGCAUUCUAUGAAGGUAUACAGCGUUGUGCUUGACCACAAGCGCAACCGUUGCAUCAGUGGAGCAAUGGAUCACAUGGUCAAGGUGUGGUCCCUUGAUGAUGGAUCUGUUCUCUAUAACCUUGAAGGCCACACCUCUCUUGUUGGUCUACUUGCUUUGCAGAAUGAUUUCCUUGUCUCAGCGGCCGCGGACUCUACCCUGCGAAUUUGGGACUCUGUCCACGGUCACUGCAAGAACACGCUGACUGCACACACUGGCGCCAUCACCUGCUUCCAACACGACGGGCAAAAGGUCAUCUCCGGAUCUGACCGUACCUUGAAGAUGUGGGAUGUGACGACAGGCGACUGCGUGCGAGACCUUCUAUCUGAUCUCAGUGGCGUGUGGCAGGUCAAAUUCAAUGAUCGCCGAUGCGUCGCUGCGGUGCAACGUGACAGCUUGACUUACAUUGAAGUACUUGACUUUGGCGCUGCACGCGAUGGAGUCCCAGAAAGCAAACUCGCCUCCCGCAUUGUUGUCAACGCCCGCGGACAGGAGGUCCAAAAUCUCGAUGAAGACGACGAUCUAUCCGACUGA